GAAAUUCAAACCGAAAGUUGGAUUUAUUAAAGUGUAGGUUUUGUGUCUUUUAAUUUUCAUGUACUAAUUACUUACGGACCUAAAGUGUAUGUUUGGUUGCUUUUGGCGACGAACCGCUGGUCUUGCAAUUGUUGAAGAAAUGGUGGACACAAAUACUUUUUGAACACAUUUAAUUCGUAAAUCUUGUAAUAAAAAGCUUAAAUCUUGGACAGUUAUAUGUGGCCAUGGAAAGAAGCAUGUGUGAUGCGUGCCAUUUCAGAGGCAAAUUAUCUAGAUCAAUGAGAUAUUGUAAAACAUGCCAAGAAGCACUUUGUCGAGAAUGUGCAGAUGUACAUAAAAGCAGCAAAGGAACAAAGUGCCAUUUUAUCGUUAAUAUAAAAGACUUGAAUGUAUCAUCUGAAGCUGAGCUUGCAUUUCAACAUCUUCAAAAAUGCAUUUAUCACCCUAAAAAAAAUCUUGAAUUCUUUUGUAAGGAACAUUAUCAUUUAAUAUGUAGCUAUUGUGUAUUACAACAUAAAAUGGUCAACUGCCGUGACAUAUUUGAAGUAGCUAAUGGAGGAAACGCAAUUUUAAACACUGAUUUUAUUUACAAAGUAAGGACUGAUAUACAAACAUUGACACAAACAUUCGAACAUGACAAGCAAAGAAUAAGGGCCCAACAGUCAGCUUCUAGACAGGAACACAUGGAAAUGAUACAAACCUUAAAUGAAAUAAGAACUGCAGUACUUGAACGUUUCAAAAGACUAGAAAACGAAAUUCUGUUUGGCGUCCGUUGUGAUGAAGAACGACAAAAUCAGAAUCUUGAAAAUUUUCAAGCAAGAAUCAACAAAAUGCUUCUUCAGGUCAAUGAUGCCUCAGCGCUUCUUGAAAGUACUAUUGAAAACGGCUCAGCAACGGACGUAUUCAAAUGCAUAAUGCUCAUUGGAAAUUUACUUGACAGCUCCAUGAAAGUAAACCAAGGUUUGAAAAUGGAACCAAUUUGGAUUUGCCAGAAUUCGAUUAAAGUGUCAGAUGAAAUGAAGUUGCUUUUAGAUCAGUACAAACCUAUAAUAGAACGUUGUUCACGUUAUGUUCCGUUUCCCGCAUCCGAGUUUUCUCCAUUGAAAACAUCAUUCGCAGAGUUUCUUAAAAUAACAGACAACCAUAGUUUAAACGCCGGCAUGGAUUAUAAAGAUAAUGAAUGUCAUUCUGAAAGUGAGAUGGAAAAUGUAAGAUGUAACCAAGAUUAUAUGAAAGAAAUUAUGUCUUAUGAAGAACAAUGUCAGAUUAUGUCAUGCAGACAACAGACAAACAUACCGAAUACUGACGUAAUGAACUACACCAGAAGUCAUUUUCAGAAACUUGCAUGUCCAAUUCUUCCUCCUUACCCACCACCUUUGAUAAUGCGUAGUAUAGCACCAUUAAAUAUAAUGGUAAUUAAUCCAUUCCAGCCGCCAGCGACAGCUUUUGCAUUGCAUUUGCCUCCAUCAUCUGAAAUUCACCAAAGUCAAGACAAUUUCAGUGCGGAUAAGACUUCAGAAUUGAAUAAUGAAACAAAGUCUAAUUUUGAAUUAAACGUAAUUCCAUCACUUAAGCGUAUUAAUGACGACGACACAGCAUUACGCACAGAUAUAAAGCAAAAUGAAAUUGAACAAUCAAGAAAACCAGAACUGAAGCAGGUCGGGAAUAUCGAUGAUAUCUUUGAUGAUAAAGAAGCUAAUAAUCAGUCCCCACUCGCGGAGCAUUUGUCAGAAUCAUUAAAACUUGAACAUACCAACUGUUUGGAAUCAUCUACAAUAUGUGAAAAGUCAUCGGUAUUUACGACAAAUGAGUAUGAUAAAAGGAACAAAAACACUGUUAUUUCAAAUGAGACAAAUAAACAUAAUGAAAGAGAUAAGGAAGUUGUGUGCUUUCUGGAAAAUGAAAAUAAAAAAGAAGACGAUUUAAAUCAUGACAGAACGUGCAAUUCAAUUUUAAAAGAAGAAAUAAAUAAAAUGGUUAAAAAGCAUAUAAAUGUUGAUGAGCAAAAGAAAAACAAGGACGACAAAGAAAUUGUUGAAACAAUCAGACCAGAAAGUGCUGAACAUGCAAUAUUAAAGUUUGAGAGGCAAAAUCAUGAUUCUGGUGUAUCUGAAGUGUCAGAAAAGGCUGGCACAAGAUUAUCUGAUACGAAAUUUAACAUAACAGGUGAAGCCAAAAUUAAAUUACCAUUGCGAAAAACAAAAACAUUUAAUAUAUCAGUGUUGGCACCAUCGAGUGACAGAAUCAUAGUUUGUGACUAUCAUAAUAAUGAACUUACAACAUUUGAUGCGAAACAACAAGAGCUGAAACACAAAUUUGAGUUACCGGCAAAAAUGAUCAAUAUAGAUCAUUUAAAGGGACAAAUUAUUGCGGCCUGUCAUGAAACUACUGCGAAAAUAUCAAUUAUUUCGUUUGACCCGUCUUUUAAAUUAGUGCGAAUCAUGGACACUCAAUAUAAAGCCAAGUGUGUGCAGUCAGUUGACGAUACAAAUAUGUUGGUUUCUAUGCGUGAUUCUGCCGGUCGUUGGCAUUUACACAUAUUAUCUAAUACUGGACAAGUGGUAGAUAAAUUGAAUUUGAACAGAUCAAUUUUAGACUGUAAAAGCCUAGCUGUUCUUUCUUCUGAAAAGUUCAGAUUCGGUUAUAGAAUUUUACAGUGUUGCUUAACUGCGAAUUCUUUGUUCUGUUUUGAGAAGGAUGGGAAAGAUAUUUUCAAAUUAAAAUUGAAGUCUCCUGAUUGUGUUGCUGUUCAUGACUCUGGUUUCAUUUUUGUAACAGAGAGACAAGGCCGCAUCCAUGUUCUUUCUUCAUCUGGACAGAAACUUUACGAAACAGAGUGUUGUAGUGAUGUUACGAGUAUUGCAAUCACUCCAUCUAUGGACAAGAUUUUACUAACUAGAUCAAAAGACAAAAGUGUUACAGUGUUGUUUAUUGAUAUGAAUAACGAGAACCUGUAUUAACUUGCAAAUUUAGCAAAAAUAUGUCUGUUUUGUUUGUACACAUUAAACAUCUAUAAUUAUAUUUAAAUGUCAAAAUACCGGGAUCAAAAUUUGUAAUAAUGUAAAAAAAUAAAUAAAUUUUAAUUGAUAA